CUCCGCGCGGGACACGUCAGGAGGAGGAAGGGGAAGGGGCUGAGCGGCGGCGGCUCCGUUCCCCCCGCCGAGCUGGGCUGGGCCGCGCCGUGCGAGUGAAGGGGCGGGCCGUGGGGGCGGGGAUGGAGUCGCAGCUGCCCGCGCUGACUGGCCUUUGCUUCCCAGCAUGAGGCCUGGGCGCCCCGUCUGGUCUGUCCCGGGUGCGCUGGGCCACGGGGCUAACCUCGUCCCGCUCGGGCCGCGGCAGCCCCGAGAGGCCUGUGCCUGAGCCCCGAGCUGUGCCAUGGGCAGGCGGCCACCAGGCCUGGCCUUGCUGGGGAAGGCAGCGCUGACGCUGGGGCUGGUGCUGCUCUAUUACUGCUUCUCCAUCGGCAUCACCUUCUACAACAAGUGGCUGAUGAAGAGUUUCCAUUUCCCUCUUUUCAUGACCUUGCUGCACCUCCUGGUUAUUUUCCUGCUCUCCGCUCUGACCAGGGCCCUGAUGCAUUGCUGCACCAAGAGGUCCCGUGUGGUGCUGACCUGGGCUGACUAUCUCAGAAGGGUGGCUCCAACAGCAUUGUCGACUGCCUUGGACAUUGGGUUGAGCAAUUGGAGCUUCCUGUACAUCACAGUCUCCCUCUACACAAUGACAAAAUCCUCUGCUAUUCUCUUCAUCCUGCUCUUCUCCCUGAUCUUCAAACUGGAGGAGCUGAGGAUGGCGCUGGUGCUGGUGGUUCUGCUCAUUGCCGGGGGGCUCUUCAUGUUCACGUUCGAGUCCACACAGUUCAACAUGGAGGGGUUUGCGCUGGUGCUGGGUGCCUCCUUCCUUGGGGGCAUUCGCUGGACUCUCACCCAGAUGCUCAUGCAGAAGGCCGAGCUGGGGCUUCAGAAUCCCAUUGACACGAUGUUCCACUUGCAGCCUCUUAUGUUCCUGGGGCUCUUCCCUCUCUUUGCUGUGUUUGAGGGGUUGCCCUUAUCUACGUCGGAGAAGUUGUUCCGUUUCCAUGAGGCAGGGCUGUUGCUCAGUGUGGUGGGGAAGCUCUCCUUAGGGGGGUUUCUUGCUUUCGGCCUGGGCUUCUCCGAGUUCCUCUUGGUUUCCAGAACCUCCAGCCUCACUCUCUCCAUUGCUGGCAUUUUUAAGGAAAUCUGCACCUUGCUGCUGGCCACUCACUUGCUGGGAGACCACCUGAACCUCCUGAACUGGGUGGGCUUUGCUGUCUGCCUAUCGGGAAUCUCCCUGCAUGUCACUCUCAAAGCCUUCAAUUCUAAAGGUGAAAAGGAGUCAAAGCUACACAAAGGGACCAGCUCCAGCCCUGACCUGGAGCUGCUGCUGCGGCGCAGUGAGGCGGAGGAGGAGGAGGAAGAAGAAGUUGUAACCGAGCUACAGCACUAAUUCGGCCCUGAGCACAAUGCCCCUGCUGCAUCUGAUCAUCAGACACAACUGAGCAGCAAACAGGUCCAAUAAUCUUGGGCUGCCAGCUCCUUGAGGUUGUCCGCACGAGAGGAAGUGGAGCUGGUGAGGGGCCUGCUGCUCAGCACCCACAGCCCAGAUCCAUGGAGCCUGUUUGGGUGAAACAGGCAGCACUACACACUUCCCCUUAAAAGGGAUUGGAAGAGAAACCCAGCUGUAGUGUGGGGGAUGGGGCAGGGAAACUAAGAUGUAGAGCAAGGGGAGCCCAUAGGCUGCAGGUCAUGGAGAUGAGGGUCAGGGCUCACUAUGGACUCUUCCUCCAACUUGUUCUGUUGUUGGUUCCAACGAGAGAAGGCAGAAGAGCCCCUUUGGGGCUCUUUCCCCACAGCUUUGUCGCUCAGAGCCCUUACGUUCUCUGAAGUUGAUGGUAAUAUAUAAAAUCUGGGACUUGCCCCCAUGGGGCAGCCAUUAUACCCAGUAACCUGUUUAGUCCCAGCACACAAUGUGAAGAGAGGAUACUCCCUACUUGUUAUUGGGGACCAAUCCAGGCAGGAUAAUCAGGGAAAGAUGUGCACUGCUGGCCCUGUGGGGGAUUAAGUGCCAGGACGUCUAGGCAGCAAAUUUCUUUAUUGAAAAGAGUUCUGAUUUUUCAUGGAAAUAAAUGACUAGCCAGCUCCCGACUCUGCAUGCAGCUGAAUGUGUGUGCACCUGUUACAGAAAAGCAGAGGCAACUCUCCCUCCCUCCAUCCAAGCCGUUACCUCUGUCCCGGCACCGUCCUGUGGGAUGUUCAUACUGCCACUUGCCCAGAGAGUCUCCCUGGCCUGGCACACAAGGUGCUUUUGGCUGCAGUAGGUAGGUGUCAGUGUAGAGUGCUGAAUGGCACUGGUCUGCAGCCCCCUUGUUCUCUCCAGGAAAUUAUUAUAAAGAGAACUGCAAAGUGUCUCACCUCUUGACUGCCUCCUGCCCAGCAUGCCUGAAGAGCAAGUUGUGCUCUCUGCUCCCUGCUGACUUCCACCAGAAGGAGGUAGAAGAGGAGUGUCUCCUAGAAGCCCAUGUACCAAGGAGGAGGCAAAGGUUUUAGUGUCAUGGGUUCCUGCAGCAGCUUGCACACUGUAACUGCCCUUGAUUUUAGGCAAUAACUCCUGCUGCCAGGUUAAGGGCCCAGCUGCUCUUUCCUGGGAGCACAGGUUCGGUUAUGAGUUUUGAGGAUUAAUGUAGUGUUCCCAGAAAUGGACGGCAGGUGGCACUACGACCCCAUAUUCCAAAGCCACGUUGCCACCCAGGCAAGAGAAGGCGUGUGUGUGAGAGAGAGAAGUAGGGCCCUACCAAAUUCAUGUCCCUGAAGAACACAUCACGGACCAUGAAAUCAGACCUCCCUAUGAAAUCUAGCUAUUGGAGGGAGAGAGGGGCAGGGCUUGGGGCACCCUGGCUGGGAGCGCCUACCAUUCACCAGGCUCCAGCUGCUAGUCUGCUGGGCUAGGGAGGGACAGGACUUCCUCUUCCCCUGCAUGGCUGCUCUUGGGGGGUUGUGAGAGAUCAGACCCAUCCCUGGGUACCUCCCCUAGCUGCAGGAAGCGCUGUGGCUGCUGCCUUCAGAGCCCAGCUCUGAAAGCAACACAGAAGAGAGAAUAGUAAUCUUGCACCUCCCCUACAACAGCUUUGCAACCCCCGUGGCCCUCUUCAGGGUCUGGGAGUGGGGCUCUAAUCUGAGCUGCUCGUACCCUGAUUCUCAGAUAGCUCUCACCUCAAAGCAAUGUUCUGACACUGCCAGUGAGAGUCCGGCUACCUUGUCACUGAAUUCACUUUCCUGAUGGAAGUGCCAGAGCCAUGAGUGAACUUUAGAGUAACUGACUUGCACCUCCCAGGGCCUGGCAGCUUUUCCAUGAGACGGUGAAACUAAAAUCUCCAUAUGUCUGCCCUGCCCUGCUGGAGGGAAGAGCUCAGAAAU